CCCCGAGGCCGGGGUCGCGCGCGCUGAAGAAGAUGGGCCUCACGGAGGAUGAGGACGUGCGUGCCAUGCUGCGGGGCUCCCAGCUGCGCAAGAUCCGCUCGCACACGUGGCAGAAGGAGCGGCUGUACCAGCUGCAGGAGGACGGCCUGAGCGUGUGGUUUCAGCGGCGCUUCCGCCAUGCGCCCUCGAGGCACAUCUUCCUCGUGCAGCACAUUGAGGCCGUGCGCCAGGGCCACCAGUCUGAGGGCCUGCGGCGCUUUGGGGCCUCCUUCCCACCUGCACGCUGCCUGACCAUCACUUUCCGUGGCCGUCGCAAGAACCUGGACCUGGUGGCUCGCUCGGCAGAGGAGGCACAGUGCUGGGCACGGGGUCUGGACAAGCUGCGGGUGCGGCUGGAGGCCAUGAGCCAGCGUGAGCGCCUGGACCAAUAUCCUUCCUGGGACCCUGCUACCUGCCCAGGCCCCGGGGCAGACUCCAACCAAGACAGCAAGAUGAGCUUCAAGGAGAUCAAGAGCCUGCUGUGCAUGGUCAAUGUGGACAUGAAUGACAUGUAUGCCUACCGACUCUUCAAGGAGUGUGACCGGUCUGGUGACGAGCGGUUAGAAGGCACAGAGAUUGAGGAGUUUGUGCGGCGGCUGCUGAAGCGCCCGGAGCUGGAGGAGCUCUUCUGCAAGUUUUCGGGCGAGGACCACGUGCUGAGUGCCCCUGAGCUGCUGGAGUUCCUGGAGGCGCAGGGCGAGGCGGGUGCCACGCUGGCCCACGCGAGGCAGCUCAUCCAGACCUAUGAGCUCCAUGAGACAGCCAAGCACCACGAGCUGAUGACCCUGGAUGGCUUCAUGAUGUACCUGCUGUCGCCCGAGGGGGCUGCGCUGGACCCUGCGCACACCUGCGUGUUCCAGGACAUGGGCCAGCCCCUCACGCACUACUUCAUCUCCUCCUCUCACAACACCUACCUGACUGACUCCCAGAUCGGGGGCCUCAGCAGCACCGAGGCCUACGUCAGGGCCUUUGCCCAGGGCUGCCGCUGCGUGGAGCUGGACUGUUGGGAGGGCCCUGGCGGUGAGCCCGUCAUCUACCACGGCCACACGCUCACCUCUAAGAUCCUCUUCCGAGACGUAGUCCAGGCCGUGCGCGACCACGCCUUCAAGCUGUCCCCCUACCCUGUCAUCCUGUCCCUUGAGAACCACUGUGGGCUGGAGCAGCAAGCUGUCAUGGCUCACCACCUGCGGACCAUCUUGGGGGACAUGCUGGUGACCGAGGCGCUGGGCGCCCAGGAUCCCAAGGAGCUGCCAUCUCCCGAGCAGCUGAAGGGCCGGGUGCUAGUGAAGGGGAAGAAGCUGCCAGGCUCAUGGGGCGAGGAUGGCCGUCCUGUGUCAGACAGGGAGGAGGAGGAGGAUGGAGAGGCUGUGGGGGCUGCACAGCGGAGGACGCCCUCGCAGUCCGGUUCCCAGGCUGGGCAGAUCUCCCCGGAGCUGUCAGCCCUGGCUGUGUAUUGCUGCGCCACCCGCCUGCAGACCCUGCCGCCCAGCCCUGGACCCGCCCAGCCCUGCCAGGUCAGCUCCCUCAGCGAGCGCAAGGCCCGGAAGUUCCUGCGUGAGGCAGGAAACAGCUUUGUCCGGCACAGUGCCUGCCAGCUGACGCGUGUGUACCCGCUGGGGCUUCGAGUGAACUCAGCCAACUACAGCCCCCAGGAGAUGUGGAACGCGGGCUGUCAGCUGGUGGCCCUGAACUUCCAGACACCAGGCUAUGAGAUGGACCUCAACACGGGCCGCUUCUUGGUCAACGGGCGGUGCGGCUAUGUCCUGAAGCCCCCCUGCCUGCGGCAGCUGGACACAGCAUUUGACCCAGGGUGCCCUGGACCACCCAAUACCACGCUAACAAUCCAGGUGCUCACUGCCCAGCAGCUGCCCAAGCUGAACGCCGAGAAGCCCAGCUCCAUCGUGGAUCCCCUGGUACGCGUGGAGAUCCAUGGAGUCCCCGCAGACUGUGCUCAAAAGGAGACCAGCCAUGUGCUCAACAACGGCUUCAACCCGAGCUGGGGGCAGACCCUGCGGUUCCUGCUGCGGGCCCCCGAGCUGGCCCUGGUGCGCUUCGUGGUGGAGGACUAUGAUGCAACUUCCCCCAACGACUUCGUGGGCCAGUUCACGCUGCCCCUCAGCAGCCUGCAGCAAGGGUACCGCCAUAUCCACCUGCUCUCCAAGGACGGGGCCCCGCUGUCCCCCGCCACGCUCUUUGUCCACGUCUGCGUGCAGCAGUCCUGAGGGCUGAGGACCCAGGCCACUCCUCUCCCACUUGGCACUCCUGGUGUGCCGGCUGCUCAGGGGACAGACAUGGGGCUCUGGUACCUCUGGUGUCCUGCACAGAGACUGCUCCACCAGGAGCUGGGGAGCUGGUAACCCCGAGCCCCAGGCCCCCACAGACCUGUCCCCACUGCCUUCUGGGGAGGGCCCCCACCCUGGCCCCAUCUUGGGGCCUCAACCCCUCAGCCCCCCAGGCUUACCUGGCCUCCUGCCUCCUGUCAAGCAGGAAGGAAGCUCAAGAUGUAGCUGGAAACCUGGCCUUAGGUUGUCAGCUGUGUCCCAGAAGAGCCUGGCGGGGGCAGUAGAGAGGCGUCUAUUUUAACAAUAAAGAAGCGACUUUCCUCUGCA